CAACAGCACUAGACGAAAGAAAGCCCAAUAUAGGUCUAGAAUUAAAGUUAAAGAACUAUGAAGUUCUUAGCUGAUUUUCUGUCGUGUUAUAGUGGUUCUGAUAGUGAAAAUAGUCACAAAAUGGAGGCAUGUACUCUUGUUCAAGUGACAUGCAUAGAGGAAAACACAACCAGGGGCCGCAAAUUAGCUCGUAGAAAUUCAUUGUCAAAGGGACUGUGGCAGCCAUCGCUGUACACCAUUUCUGAAAAUGACAAUUCCUCAGCCAACAAAGCACAAGAAGGGAUCAAAGCCACCACCAAGAAGAUGAAAAACGUUGGAGCAAAAACCAAUUCUCAAGCUUGUGGUUAUUACCAUGAUCUCAGGGUACAAGCUCCGUUCCAGACAAAUAUUGUGGCACUAUCAGCGAUGACCUUCGUGUUUUAAUCUCCUUUUGCUAGUUACUCUCUUCAUGUCUUAGUGAGAACUGAGAAGUUCGUGUGCUUGUGUCAUGAUAAUUCAACCAAUGAGUGUAAUAUAUUUUUAUCUCUUAGUUUAUAAUAGAGAAACCAGGAGUGCAAUUAUUACUAUUACUAUAAUUAUCCGAUAAAAAGCCAGAGGAGCAAUUACUUAAUCAAA